UCAUUCUAACAGGAAGUAAACAAUGAAAGACAAAUGAACAACUUCAUAUUUUCUAUUUAUUUAGUUAUUUUACUCUUGAUUCAUUCGUCAUGCGUAAUUUCUUCAAACGAUAAUGUAAAUGGUCAAGGGUCAACACCAACUGUUGGCAAAGAAGUAACUUCACCAUCUUAUGACGUCAACAGUACAACUAGUUCUACAACAACGUCAUUAGCUCCAGAGUUUAAUGUAAGAUGUCCUGACAAUGUACAAUGUUACAAAUUAGGUGGAGAAUGUAUCAACUGUAAAUACAACAAACAUUGCUUCUAUGGGAAACCUAAUGAAACAUCGGAAUGUCAAGUUAAAGAAGAUAUUAAGUGUAUAGGUCAGAGAAAAUUUAAUAGGACUCAUGAAUGUAAAUACUGUUACCAGCUGGAUAAAUCUAAUUACUCAUGUGAUACAACAAAUGCCUCGUGUCAAGUUAUAAAUGGACAAAUACAGAAAUAUAUAGCACAAUGUACAGUAAAAGACAAUGUUUUGUGUCUAGGACAAAGAACAUUCCUGAAGAACUUGCCAUGUAAUUGGACCAGUGGAUAUAAAUGGUCAACAGCACUCAUUUUAAGCAUAACACUUGGUGGAUUUGGUGUUGAUAGAUUCUAUUUAGGCCUUUGGAAGGAAGGAAUAGGUAAACUGUUCAGUUUUGGAGGACUUGGUGUUUGGACUUUAGUAGAUGUUAUUUUAAUAGCAAUUGGAUAUGUUGGGCCAUCCGAUGGAUCAUUGUACAUAUAAUAUCAUUUCACUUUUUUAUUAAAAUAUCUUUUUUU